CGGUUUUCGCUGAACACUCCCAGAUGUCAUCAUUUAUGCUAACUGUUAGCUUAUCUUUGCGCAGUUGUAGCAAAAAUAAAUAAGUAAUUUUAUUUUUCCCACCAACACUCUGCAGCUUAGCUGUUUUCUUUCCAAAAGACGUAUUCGGUUGAGUUUGAUCUGUCUUUAUUACCGCGGUCUCGUGCUUGUCGUUGUGCCAGUAGUUAGCCAAGUGCUAACUACAGUUACAUGCGACUGCCACCGCUGUCAUUUACAGGCAGCUGGAAUCGAGGAGACAAUAGCAGCAGUCGUUCCCUGCAAACAUCAUGGAGCUCCAGGCAGUGUUGAUGGCAGCUGGAGGUGGUUCCCGUAUGACUGAUCUAAUUUACAACACCCCUAAACCUUUGCUGCCUGUUGGCAACAAACCACUGAUGUGGUAUCCCCUGAACCUGCUGGAGAGAGUGGGCUUUGAAGAGGUCAUCGUGAUCACCACUAAGGAAGUGCAGAAGAUGAUGAGCUCAGACCCUAAAAUGAAGCUGGAUGUGAAGAUGAAGUUGGAUGUUGUUUGCAUUCAGGAAGAUGGUGACAUGGGUACUGCCGAUGCUCUCAGGCACAUUCAGCAGAAGAUUAAGAGCGACGUCCUAGUUGUGAGUUGUGAUCUAAUAACAGACGUGGCACUUCAUGAGGUUGUAGAUCUUUUCAGAGCCCACAACGCAACACUGGCCAUGUUAAUGAGCAAAGCCCAUGAAUUCACAGAGACAGUCCCAGGUCAGAAGGGCAAAAAAAAGACAGCUGAACAAAGGGAUUUUGUUGGUGUGGAUCCGUCAGGGAAGAGGCUGCUCUUUAUGGCCAAUGAAGCAGAUCUGGAAGAUGGACUCUCAAUUAGGAAGUCUAUUAUCAAGAAACAUCCCAGAAUGCACAUUAAAACAGGCCUGGUGGACGCUCAUCUCUACUGUCUGAAAAAAGAAGUUGUUGACUUUCUAGCAGAAAACAAGUCCAUUUCAUCAAUUCGUGGUGAGCUGGUGCCAUAUUUGGUGCGCAAGCAGUUUUCAAAGACAGCUAACCGUCAGAAAAUGAAAGAUGAGUCAGAGGAUCAAACCCAGAAAAAAAAUGACGACUCUACAAACCAAGAGCUCCUUAUCGCAUCACGGGACGAGUCUCUCCUCCAGCUGGCCCAGGAGCGCUCCUGUUGGAACGACCACCAUGGUGACAUGAGUGAGGCUUACCAUGGGGGGAAGCUGCGCUGCUAUGUUCACAUUUUGGACCAGGGCCUGUGCUACCGUGUUAACACUCUCGCUGCUUACAUAGAAGCAAAUCGGCUGGCUCCAAAGCUGUUUGAGGAGCCAGCAGUUCAUCCAUCUGCUGUCAUCUCUGAAAAAUGUCAGAUGGGAUCAGACAGUAUGAUCGGAGCUCUGUGCCAGAUAGCAGAUAAGACUUCCAUAAAAAGAUCCACUAUCGGGAACUCCACCACCGUGAAGGAGAAGGUCAAAGUCACCAACUCCAUCGUCAUGCAUGGGGUUACAAUUGAGGAAGGAUGUAACAUCCAGGGCAGUGUGAUCUGCAGUAAUGCAAUWAUCGGCAGAGGAGCAGACCUCAAAUACUGUUUGGUGGGAAAUGGACAAAGAAUCGAAUCAGAAGCUGAGCGGACGAAUGAGGUCAUCGUUGGAACAGAUCAGCUGAUGGAGAUCUAGCUUGUUCUUGAAGGAGUAAGCAUCACCUCAGUAACUGAUAUAACAACUUAUAACCCAGCUGACUGACCCGUCACAAGCCUGGGCGCUGCUUUACUGUUCUACUCUCAUGGGUUUUUUUUUCUUUUUAAUAAAGACAACCCGGCUUUAACUCA